GCCGCAUUCUUCGUCGAGAAAGCCGCCGGCGUCGAUUCGAGCCCGGGAACCGGGGAAAAUGGUGGAGAGAACUGAGAGUGGGGAGCAGAGGCGUGUUAGGUUUCCCAAUGGGGCUGAUUUUGCUCAUGAAGAAGAGGGGACUAGUUGUAGCUGUGAUGAAGACGAGGACGAAGAAGAGUGUCAUGAUAAAAACAGGCCCUUUUUAUCAAAAGGGUGCGGUUUGAUCCCCAAGUUUUGUUUGUUGAAUCCUAUUCCAGGGAUGAAAGUUUCGGGCCAGAGGUUGCGUCCGGAUUCUGUGAGGAGGGUUCGUGGUGCAGGAGCUGAGGAAGAGGGUUUGUUUUGCGUGUGGAAUCCUCCUGGGUCGGGCCAGAGGUUGUCACAGAAUUCUGUUAGGAAGGUUGGUGGUGCGCAAGUUAAGAAAAUGGAGCACGGAUCUCUUGUGAAAGCUGAGGAAGAGUAUUCCUGGGAAGCAAUAUACAAGCACAAAUUGUUAAAUGGAAAUACUCCUGCUCAGGAGGAGGAUAUCAGUAAGCUAGCUGAAUCCAACCAUCAUACCUAUUUGAGUGAUUCAUUGACCACUGAUCAAUCAUCUCCACAGUAUUAUUCCAAUACCAGUGCUGUAACUCCUUAUCGAAAUGAACCAUCCCAAUCCCCAUUCCAUGAAGGGAAGGGUUUCCUUGGAAUCCCAAGGAGCCCAAGGAGAGACAAUAAGGGUUCUAGAACUGAUGAUUAUGACUCCUUUGAGAAAGACAGUGAGAACUGUUGGGUAAUGACUCCACACUAUACUGGCCAAAGUAGAUCAGGCUCCUCGAGUCCUGCAGUUGAGAGAACUCUUCGUGUUGAUACUGUACAUAGGCCAGAGACCUCAAUUUCAAAGUUGAGCUUGCAAGGUACCUCUUUGGAUGACAAGGACUUAAUCCGAUCAGCUGAUAACGAUUCUGCAAUCGGAGUACAAACUCCGGGAUUUGGUGAAAGUCUUGUUUUAGAAAGUCAUGAUGAGGAUGCCUUGCAAUCUAAAAUCACUGAGAUUAGACUAACAGUUUCUCCAGAAAAUUCUGUUUGUGGCGCAAAGGAAGAGAAUAGUGGCUUGAAACCUAGUGAUAAGGAUUAUAUCGGAAUACUUUUAAAAGAAAACAAUCAAGUGAAGAAUGAUGCUGAUUCUAUGUCGUCACUCCUUCCUCCGCCAUUGCCUAAUACACCUUCUGAGUCAUGGCUUAAGCGCGCUUUGCCUUCUGUAUCCUCCAUGAAACCAUCUGCAAAGUCUUUCUUAGAUAUUCAUGUUCAGGCAAGGAAACAAGUACGUAUUUCAUCCCUGACUGUUCCUAAGAAGGAUUUUCAUAUCAAACAUCCCAAAGUGCAGCGUGGCCAGAUACGGUUUGCAGAUAUGCUAGCGGAGCCAUUAUCCCCGCAAGCUGAGAUUUGAGAUGUCUGCAGGUUAUUUUCACUAAUUGAGCACGCUGACAUCCUCCCUUACACUUUUUUUUUAUCACUGUAAGUGUAAAUCUGUGAGAGUUAUGUUUACAAUAAAGUCAUUAUGGUUAUGAAUUCCAUGAUUCUGAGGUUAGGUAGCAAAAGUUUGUUCUUUGGUUUGUGUCCAUAGUCUCACUUCUUACUGCCUAAGCUGUUAUUUCUGCUUAUGUUGUAUGUAAGUUCGUCCAUAAUUGCACAUAAAACAAGUUCAAGUUGUCAAAUUUUUUA